ACACGCUCAGGUCACAUGUGUGUGUAGCACGCGCUGCAGUAAGGACCUGCCGUUAGUUGUUAUGGCGCUGCCGUGGCUUCUGCUGCUCGAGCUGCUGCUGUACGGCGGCUGUUUUAUCUGUGGGAUCGUCACAGCAGCUUCUGUUACUCUGACUCAGGGCAGUUUUGAUGGGAAGUGUAUGCUGUAUGGUUCAGUACAUCUGAACUUCUCUUCCAUUGAAGUGGUUUCAUCCAGUUCACCAUCUCUCUGCUACUUUGUAUCAUCCAUCUCUGUGUGUGUAGCUGUUUUUUGCUUUUCCCUCGUCCUCUACUGGAUCUACACCAGCUGGGUUGAUCGCGAGGUGAUGAUAAGAGAGAAAUUAUGGCUGAAAAUUACUCUGGGCAUGUGUGGAGUUUUUCUGUUCUUUCUCCUGGUGACGGGAUGCAUCCUAAGAAUUGGCAGAGACAGACUGUGUGACUCAGUGAACCAAGUAGUGACUGCUAUAACAAGGUGUGAAGAAGCACAAAAUAAGCCUUGGGUGAACCCUAUAGAUGGGACCCAGUUUUAUUCCAGACUACACAGUGCAGAGACAGCAGUGUGGGUGAAUUUUUUCUUUUGGAUGAUCAUAGCUGUUCUGGUUUUGAUCCAGCAAAAAACGGGCUCAGAAAACAGGUCAGCGGAAACUGACCCAUCAGCGACCCCUUCUGAAACUGAACCCUUCUUCAAUCGUCCGGGACGUCCUCAGUGAAUAGAGACACGGUUAAUCUAUGUCACUACACACUAAAGCUUUAUGUCUUCCACACAAACACAUACACGCAUACACUCGUUUCAAGUCGCACUGCUGGCUAGCAGUUGGUUAGUUGAGCAGAGAGAGUUUUGGCAGUGCCGGUAUACUGUCUUGAUUUUGUUCACUAGCAUUGCCAAGGGUUAGUUUCCAUGGUUACUGAUCUGCGGCUGGCAGCACAGACCUGGCAGGUGAGAGUGUGCGGUUGCCAGAUUGGUGGAGUGAACCUGAACUGAUUAAGACACAGCUUUUUGUAAAGACAACAAUAAUGAUAAGUGUUGUCAGUGCUGUCAAGAGUGGCAAAGUGAUCAGAAACACAUGACACAGAGACACAUAAAAAUCUUUAGGAAAAUGCAUGCAUUUGUCAUUAUUUUUUAUCUUCCCACAUGAUUCUGUUGUUUUACAUUUUGGGUCAAAUUUCAUGAGUAAAUAUUUUAAUUUUAAAGCAUGUCUGGAGUUGAUCUGAACCAACCUUUUGUACUGUAACUUUUCACUUGUUUUAACCAGCCAACUCUAUGACAUUUUGAAACAUUUCUGCCCUCUGCUGUCUGUUCAUAUGUAUUACUCUAUUAAUCCAAUCACAUAGUGUGUGUGUAAGUGGAAGUGCAGGAAUCUGCCAUAAUUCCGUAAUUUGGCCUGUGAUGACAUCCGUUUUCUGGAGGCGCGUUGCCAAAUCUGAAGUGCUGUCAACAGGACUAAAGUCCUGGAAAACACAAUGUCCUUCUGCCUAUAUUAACAGCAAAGUAUCCAUGUUUAUUUCAGUCAUUUAAUGCUUUAUACUUCUUGUCUAAUAACCGCCCUGUUCCUUAUUGCACUUGUCAUUUAUUUACCACAUUUGACUGCCAAUUUUUAGAUCAUGCACUGAUACCUUUAUGGAAACUAAAAAUUUUGUAUAGCCACAUUGUUUUGUUUAAAUUUGUGGCUGUGUGAACCUUUUAAAAUACAUGCAAUAAAUUUGUCAACCUAUA